CGCGCCGCCCCGCUUGCUUACGCGGAGCCACAAUAUAAACGCUCUCCGCCGGCUCGGACUCGCGGCGAAAGACUUCGGGGCCCUGGGCGAGUCGCGGGUGGAAGGGCCUUCGGGAGAGCAACAAGGAAGCCGAGGCGGUCGAGAGUCCCACACGGCGACCCCUCGCUCGGUCCAAAGGCAGUUUGGGUUUGGCGCAAAGAAAACCGGGGUCGGGCUUUUCCUCGAAAGCCAUCGCCCUGCUGUUCGCUUCCCGGGACAAAGAACGCAGGACGACUUGCACGCUGGGGGCGCUGGGGCCGGCCAUGGUCAUGGAAGUGGUCUCCCUGGACGCCGGAGGCCUCCGGACGCUACUGCGGGAGCGCGCGGCGCAGUGCCUGCUGUUGGACUGUCGCUCCUUCUUCGCUUUCAACGCCGGCCACAUCGCCGGCUCGGUCAACGUGCGCUUCAGCACCAUUGUGCGUCGGCGGGCCAAGGGCGCCAUGGGUCUGGAGCACAUCGUGCCCAACGCCGAGCUGCGCGGCCGCCUGCUGGCCGGCGCCUACCACGCCGUGGUGCUGCUGGACGAGCGCAGCGCCGCGCUGGACUGCGCCAAGCGCGACGGCACCCUGGCCCUGGCCGCCGGAGCGCUCUGCCGCGAGGCGCGCAGCGCGCAAAUCUUUUUGCUCAAAGGAGGAUAUGAAGCUUUUUCUGCUUCCUACCCGGAGCUGUGCAGCAAACAGUCGACCCCCAUGGGGCUCAGCCUUCCCCUGAGUACUAGUGUCCCUGACAGCGCUGAAUCGGGGUGCAGUUCCUGCAGCACCCCACUCUACGAUCAGGGUGGCCCAGUGGAGAUCCUGCCCUUUCUGUACCUGGGCAGUGCCUAUCAUGCUUCCCGCAAGGACAUGCUGGAUGCCUUGGGCAUCACUGCCUUGAUCAACGUCUCUGCGAACUGUCCCAACCAUUUCGAGGGUCACUACCAGUACAAGAGCAUCCCCGUGGAGGACAACCACAAGGCGGACAUCAGCUCCUGGUUCAAUGAGGCAAUUGACUUCAUAGACUCCAUCAAGAAUGCUGGUGGAAGGGUGUUUGUCCACUGUCAGGCGGGCAUUUCCCGAUCGGCCACCAUCUGCCUCGCUUACCUCAUGAGGACUAACCGAGUCAAGCUGGAUGAGGCCUUUGAGUUCGUGAAGCAGAGGAGAAGCAUCAUCUCCCCCAACUUCAGCUUCAUGGGCCAGCUGCUGCAGUUUGAGUCGCAGGUCCUGGCCCCCCACUGCUCGGCAGAGGCGGGGAGCCCCGCCAUGGCUGUGCUUGACUGCAGCACCUCCACCACCACUGUCUUCAACUUCCCGGUCUCCAUUCCCGUCCACCCCACAAACAGUGCGUUGAGCUACCUUCAGAGCCCUAUCACGACCUCUCCCAGCUGCUGAAAAGCCACGGGAGGUGAUCUUCACAACCCACCGGGAUUCCAGGCUCCUGGAAAGUGGAAAUGCAAUAACUCCAGGGAAGGGGGCUCGUGAGGGCUGGUCUUUAUUUAUUUAAUUUCACCCAAGUUCCACUGGGUUCCUGAGCAGUUGUAAUGAUGACUUCACGCCAAGAUGUUUGCUGAACUCAGCACAUUUCGGGACCAACAUACAGUGGGUACAUCAAGUCCCUCGGACAGAAAGGGGCAGAAGAGAGAGGACUCAAGUGUGAGAGCCGAUUUCUUUUUGUCCCUGUUUUCUGAAGACACUUUUCAUGCUUGACAUACCUACCAGUAUUACCAUUCCCGACAACGCAUAUACAUAUGAGAAUAUACUUUGUUUUAUUUAUUUUUGUGUAGGCGGUCCACCUUCACAAAUGUCAGUGUCUACUCCUAGAAGAACCAAAUACCUCAAUUUUUGUGUUUGAGUACUGUAAUAUCCUGUAAAUAUAUCCUAAGCAGGUUUGUUUUCAACACUGGAAAGCACCAGUGUUGAUUUUGUUUUGUUUUUUAAGUUGCCAACAGUUGUAUGUUUGCUGAUUAUUUAUGACCUGAAAUAAUAUAUAUCUUCUUCUAAGAAGACAUUUUGUUACAUAAGGAUGACUUUUUUAUACAACAGAAUAAAUUAUGGCAUUUCUAUUGAAAUCUC